GGCUCUCUGCGCAGAGGAUCCACACAUGUUCCGCAUAGUUAGCACUCGGAGUGAAGCAUAAAAACUCUCACUAUUAUAGAGAAUUCAGUAUUAAACAUUAAAAGCAGCCGCACUUUAAAGUGCCUAACUUCACUAGAGCGUUUCUUUAGCACGGGUUCUAACAGGAACCUGGCUUUUACCCUAUGAGCUGCCAUGAACAUGGAGAGACAGAAGCGCAAGGAGGAGAUACAGAGGGCCCUGGCCUUCAUUCAAUCAUCACUGCCUUUCCCUGACCCGGAUGGCUAUGAGGGCUUCUUGAUGCAGCUGGUGUGCAACCUAUUGGACGAGGGCAACGCAGCGUUUCGUGAGGGGGAGUGGACGCUGGCCCGCGGCCACUUCAGUGAGGGCAUUAGCGUAGCACGCUACGCCCAGGCUGAGGGUCUGAAGGUUCCUGUGGCAUUACUGGAGAGUCUUUAUGUGAACAGAGCCGCAGCACUUCAUAACAUGGGUGAGUUUGAGUUGGGCGUGAGGGACUGUGACGGUGCGCUGAGUGUGUCUAAGGACAGUGGUAGGGCGUUAUACAGAAAAGCAGUCUGUCUGAAGGAGCUGGGCAAAUAUAAGGAGGCUUACGAGUGCAGCACCACCUGCUUGCUCACUUCACCACAGGAUAAGAAAGUGAGUGAACUUGCUCAGGAGCUGGCCAACAAACUGGACUUGAAAACCCGCAAAGCCUACGUCGGCCUGCAGCCUGUUGCUGAUGGCAGUGGGGACAGUCUACCUCCUCUAGAGCAGAUGCCUAAUGGGCUGGACAGCUUGUGUGAUGUCGCAGUUGGCCUGCCUGAGUGUGUAUCCCCUGUCCUACCUGCUCCGGUUCCUGUGAGUGAUGCCUCUGAGGAUCCCCUGGUGUCCAGGGCAGCUGUGCUGGACCCCCUGGAUGUGUCUCUUUCAGUUCCUGUUUCAGAACCACUAGGAGACUGUGAGCUGAUGGGAGAUGAGCUGGAUACUCUGCUGGACUCAUGCGUUUCCAAGCAGGAGGAGCUUCCACAGACUUCCUCUAAAGGCAGCGUAGUUCCCACUCACGUUCCUGCAGGUGGUGUGAUGGGUUUGGGUCCGUCCUUCCCUCCUCUCCUCCCUGCGCCCUCUCCCCAUCUUCCUCCUGCAUUUUUUCCGUCUGCUGUAAAUCAGCUGAACACUCUCGACACUUUCUCUGAGCCAAACCGUGACCCUGCCCCUCCCAGCAGGCCACUUGAUGCACUGGACUCGUUUUCCCCAUUGGAGGCCCCCCAGCAGGGCUCUGUGGCUCAGCGGUCCCCUCUAGUGGUGGGAGGAGAGGGGCUGGACUCGCUCUCUGAAUUCACCCUGCCAGGUGGUAAAGUCUCUCACAGUUUUUUUCCUCCAGUAAAGAUUAAAAGCUCAACAGAUUGCAUCAACUCUACACAGAAUGGCCGGGUGGCAUCCACUCUGUCUCAGCUGUCCAAAAAUCCUCUUGAACACACACAUGACUUUGCCCAAGCUUGUUCUGCCUGUUUUACACGAAUAGGUCCAGGAGUCCUGGAUUGCGAGUACAAGGUUGAUUUGGGUCAUUGCUGUAAGAAAGACAUUCUGCUGUGCAGAAGAAAAGGAGCGAAUCCCUGGAGACGGGUUCGACCACGCCCAACUCGAAAUAACUUCUUGGGUUCCUAUGUGCUGUGCAAAGAGGUUCUAGAACGCCAGGACUGUAAAUAUGGUGAAGCCUGCACAUUCGCCUACUGUCAGGAAGAGAUUGAUGUGUGGACACAGGAGAGACGGGGCUUACUGACCAGAGAGCUGCUCUUUAACCCACUCUCCACCAAUCAGAGGCAGGCACUUAGUGUCCUCAGACUGCUCAAUUCACACAAGGGCAUGUUCAUGUUCCUCUGUGAGGAGUGUUUUGACUGUAAGCCGAAGAUCAUCAGUAAGCGCUAUAAGGAGAGUCCGACCUUAUGCUCCAAUGUGGUCUCGCACCAUCAGUUUGACAAAAACAAGUGUCUGGUUCAUGUGGUGAAGAGCAGCAGUAACUGUUACAAUAAGAUCAGGCCACUGAACUAUCAUUGUCAGUUUGAUGUUUGUCCUCAGCGUCACUCCUGCCCACUUGAGAACAGCUGCUCUUUGGCGCACUCCAUCAUUGAGUUGGAGUGCUGGAUACUGCAGAAAGACAGAGGCACCACUCAUGAGGAAAUCGUGCAGGAGUCUAAGAAGUAUUGGCACAAACAGAGACCAGGGAACCUGCUCUCUUCUCAAACCGAUGGCGCUGUAGCCAAAGGCGAGGGAGCGGGUAAAGGGGCGGAGAUGAACGGAAAACUGGGAGGUGUUCAGUCCAGCGGAACCGUUGCCGCUGGAGCAGGAAACGUGUUAGCGGUAAAGGACCUGCGGCUAAUGAUGAAGUUUGUCUGUGGUCAGUGCUGGAAGGAUGGGCUAAUGAGCGAACCGGACAAAACACAGAAAUACUGCAGUGCUAAAGCAAGACACAGCUGGACUAAAGAACGGAAGGUGCUUUUGGUGAAGUCACAGGACAGGGAAAAGUGGGUGGCCAUACGACCUUUGCCCUUUGCAAAGACCUACCCCCAGCAGUACGAUAUUUGUGUGCAUGUGUUGAAGCAGAAAAGGUGCCACUACAUUGGGAACUGUUCUUUUGCACACAGCCAUGAAGAGAGGGAGCUGUGGACCUACAUGAAGAAUACAGGCUUGCGGGACUUGCAGCAGGUCUAUGACGUUUGGCUGUCAACAGCCAAUCCGAACAAGCGAAUUGAGGGUGCUCCACUGUCUCAGUCAGUAGAGGAGAAACAGAUCACCAUGCCUACAGACUUCGCUGAACCUAUAGAUGUGUUCCACUGCCGGCUCUGUGGUAAACACAGUAACAGCGAGCGCCAGUGGCAGCAGCACAUCUCCUCCGAGCGUCACAAAGACCGCGUGUUGAGUGGAGCAGGGGAGGAGGAGAGCCUCACCUGGAUACACCGCUUCCCCGGCCACUGCUUCGCUCUCUGUCCCAGGUUGCAGACCGGCUGUGAUGAAGGUGUGAGCUGUGACUUUGCCCACAGUGAAGAGGAGCUUCAAGAGUGGCGGGACAGGCGGGACUUCCUGCGAAGGAGGUUGGACAAAGCUCGAGCCGACAUGCUGAUCACUCCGAGUGACAAUGACUUCGGGAAGUACAACUUCCUCCUGCAAGAUUGAACAAAUGCAUUCACAUGCAAUCACACACACAUGCAAUUUCUUUUGAACCACACACUGACCCUUCCCUUGCUUCGAAUUGCCGUGCAUGUAUUAUCACACGCAUUUAUUCACUAUUUGACACAUGCUUAUGAUUGUUUAAUUUUUUGUUCUUUUAGAUAUAUACUUAUAUUUUUGCACAUUUUUCCUUCCAGCAUAGUCAUAGCGAGUUCCCAUAGCAGUCCAGUGCGUCAAACGUUAGCCCUAUGUCUGCACUUUUUUGAGAGUUUUUGUUGCUGCUCAUUCUUGAGCACCUAAACACACUUGUAAGAGAACUCUACACACUGUACUUUUGUGCGUUUGCAGACAACUGGAGUGACACAUAGUGUCAGGAGUGACGUCUACGUGUGUGAUCAAAGGCUUCCAGUUGUUAACUAAUUCGAACCUGAGUCUUGGUGGCACUUAGGGAUCUGUGUGGGUACUUGAGUACUCAGUUAACCAUUUGAGAUGCCGUUAUUUUCAAAUACUGAAAUCACUAUUCAGAUACAGAACUGUAAAACAUUAGUUUUGCUCAAAUUUGCCGUUAUGUUAUACUUUGCUACUUAGAAAUGUGAGCCUUAAUAUGGCUGUGUUUCUAAGGACGUGUUGUUAAGAAUGUGACCAAGAAGGCAGAGCUCUUGUUGCUCUUAUUGCUAAACAGGCUAGGCUGACAAAUGUUUAAAAUAUACUUCUCUGAAAA